AUGGAUGAGUCAUAUACAUUGAAUAUAUCUCAGAAUACUUUGUAUAUUCAAUCACAUGAGAUAUGGGGAACACUGCACGCUUUUGAGACUAUCCUUCAAUCAUUGUAUAAAGCUACACAUAAUCAAAAUGUGAUGUUUAUUUGUCAUAUUGAAGAUUCACCACGAUUCCCACAUCGAGGAAUGAUGAUUGAUACAGCUAGGCAUUAUUUGACAAUUGAGACAAUACAAAAUGUGAUUGAUGCUUUGUCGAUGGUGAAAAUGAAUGUGCUACAUUGGCAUAUGACAGAUGAUGAAGCUUUUCCGUAUGAUUCCUCAGUGUAUCCUGAAUUGUCUUCAGCGGGAGCAUAUCAUCCACACUUGUAUGUGUAUGAAAAAGAUGAAAUCGAGUCGAUAAUAGAAUAUGCUCGAAUACGAGGAGUUCGAAUUCUGAUUGAAUUUGAUAGUCCAGGUCAUACUCUCUCCUUGGGUGCAAGUCACCCUGAACUACUAUCGGGUACAUCACAUGAUGGACCAAUAAGACCAGUCGGUGAGGAUGUAUGGACGUUUCUAUCAAGUUUAUUCCAAGAAAUUCUGAGUGUAUUCCCCGAUAGCUUUUUACACUUAGGCGGCAAUAAGUAUGAUAGUCAUUCAUGGGAAGAAGACGUGGAGAUCCAAAACUUCAUGGAAGAGAAUGGAUUUGACCAAGAUUAUAAUAAACUAGAAAAUCGUUAUUUUGAACAGCUCACAGAAAUCAUUCAGAAUAUGACUGCAAAUUCAGGUGGUAUUACACCUGUUGUCUGGCAGGAGGUAUUUGAAAAUGGUUUUCGUGGCAAUGCUAACACUGUCAUUCAUGUUCAGAAUGAGUCGAAUUGGGAGAAUCUAGUCAAAUCGAUUACAUCAACUGGUUAUAAGGUGAUCAAUUCAGCGUGUUGGCAGGAGAUUGAUAAUGAUUUUGCACGGAAUGGGGAGAAAUUGUACAAUUGUGAUCCAGCUAAAUUUGAAGGUACUGAUGAAGAGGCCGGGUUGGUUAUCGGUGGAGAAGCGAUAAUCUGGGGAACAUAUGUUGAUGAUAUCAAUCUCUUCAUAGAGGCGUGGCCACUAACCGCUGUUGUUGCUGAACGUCUAUGGUCUCAUAAUGCAAAUGACUUUGGUGAAUUUUUGAAAAGAUUGGAGAAACUUCGAUGUCGAAUGAGAGUACUUAACUGGAAGGUGAAGCCGUUUACUGGGCCUGGAUUCUGUUCCGUAUGAAGAAACUGCCAAAGGAGGAAUGUGGCAAAUUCAACCAUUCACAAAUAACAUUGAAACAUUCGAUACUCUAAGUGGACAUGUUGAGAAUACAAACACAAUGCCACUAUUGAAAUUUAUUUUGAAAUAAAAGUGUAUUUUGUUG